UUUUCGCCACUUCAAUGUGCAGUGCUUGAUCAUCAAUUACAUCAACUCAUCAGUAAUAUCAAUUCAUCAGUGAUAUCAACACGCACAUCUGCCUUGCGGUCCAGCAUAUACUACACCCCGGGUAGUAUGGUGUCACCGGGUGUAGUCCACGCUCAACCGCAUUGCGGAUGUGAGUGACGCAGUUCACCAGACGUAUGGUAGAUAGCACGCAGAGUCAACGACACAAUAAUUCAUCAGUAAUAUCAAUUCAUCAGUGAUAUCAACAUGCAGUCCUUGUUAGUCAGACCUCGUCACACACACCUCCACCCAGUCAACAAGACACACACUCGCGAGGCAAAGCAGGUCUCAUACAUGCCCCUGCUGGUGCUCACAUCUCUGCUCGCCUCUUUCAGCCACACAAAGGGAAUGGCACUCAGGGGCGGGAGACACUAGGGAACUCAGCAGCCACGCAGGCAGGAUAGUCCUAUCGUCUGUCUCUAUCUCUCCUUCCGUCGAGUCCCGCCGAACAGAUAAAGCGGGCAAAGGGCCAAACAGCAUCCGGAGGGACGACUCAAAAACAACACGCACGUGUGAAUCACGUCAUGUGUAUGCAACUCAGCGGCUGCUACGCAUACAUACAGAGACCGGACAGCUACAGAGACAUAUAUACGAGGCUGUGUGCAACAUGCAGAGAGGAAUGUAUACGCAGACUACAUACGUACACACGCGCAGCAUGAAGGCUCUACAAGCGCAGAUAUAUAAGCAGGAUCAGAUUAAGGCUUCCAAACCUACUGAGUGGAUCUGACUUGAGCUGCAAAAAAGUAGCGACUGGGGUGAGGUAGACAUACAGAAAGAAAGACAAGACACAGAGGGCGGUCAAUCAGCUCGUCACUUCGGGCCCUCGAGGAACUCCUCGCUCUGCUGCCCGGCAGACACCUCGACUGCACCACACAGACAACCACACACACACAAACUCAUUUCUCCCCCACCCAGUCAGCCCCCUCGUUUUGCUUACAUGUGACUUCGAUGUCCUUGCCCUCUGUCUCGUCGUUGAAGGGGAUGGCCGCCAGAGUGAAGACGCCUGGCCCGGCGAUGGCCUCAUGGGCGCCCCUGGCGAAGGCAGCUGGCUUCCCACCGUUGCCGCCGGCCGCGCCGAAGGCCUUGAAGGCGUUGCUGCCCUUGACGGCCUUCUCGAGGUAGGGAGGAUCUCUGCACACACACACACACACACGAGCAAGCAACAAGCAAAGGUAGGCCAGAUACAAACAGCACAUGGCUGGGCGGACCUGAAAGUGUCCCAGUCAAUGAAGGUGCCCUUGUCGAACAGGAGGAACUGGACGGCCGUGACGCACGGCGACUCAGGGACGGCCGUGAAGGUGAAGUCCAGGCCCAUCUCAGCAGGGACAACAAAGCCAGUCGUGCUGUCCUUGAUGAGCUCCCCCUGGCCUUCAGGCUGGGAGGGGUCCUUCGUGUUGACAAGACGGAAGCCGGCGAGAGCUGGGGUGGCCUCUGCAAAGACACGCACCAGACACAAGCAAUGAAGACCAACCAAGCUGACGGUGGGCGAACUCCUACGUGCUGUACAGACCUUUGCAUUCUGUUGGUGAGGGAGGAAGGAGGGAAAGACAUGCACGGGCACCACAGCACAGCAGCAUGGCAGCCAUGAGCCUGACUGUCUGCCGGUCUGUUGCGUACCUUGCUUGGCUGGUACGCCUUCGCCGUUGAGCGUCAAGAUGGCGUCCUCCAAAAGCUCAUCGGACACCAAGUCAUCUGACACAACACACACAACCCAGACCAGUGCGCAUGCACACAACACAAUCCCCGUGACCAAGCGUACCUGGGAUCAGUGACACGCCAUUCGCCGACACUACCGUGUCGAUUUCGGGCGGCACAUCGUCUGACACACAGCAAGACACAUCCACGACACGAGCAUUCACACCUCCCUCCCCUCCUCUCGUCCCUGCCCCGCACCUCUGAAGUUGAUUGUGAUAUUCAGAUUGCCGCCACCGCCCGUGUCGCUGAUGUUGACGCCCACUAUCGGCGCGCUCCCAUCACCGGGCGGUGUCGGGUCCAUCUCCGCCCACUCAUCCUCACACACGGCAGAGCCAACCAGUCCUAGCAACACGAGAGCAGUGAGCGACAGCAUGGCGGAAGUGGCACUGAGGCGAAGAGAGGGUGAGUGCGCGUGUAAGAAAAGGAAGGAGAGAGAGUCAAG